AUGGACGACGUCAUAACGGGAGCCGACUCCUUGCACCAUGCCGUCGCUCUGCAAACAGAGCUCCGAGAGCUUUGCACGGCGGGCGGGUUUCCGCUCCGGAAAUGGGCCGCCAACAGCGAAUCCAUCCUUGAAGGGGUGCCCUCUGAUCACCGGCUGCAGCUAGCGCAUCACUCCUGGGAGAACGAGGUGCAUUCCACCUUGGGCCUGCGCUGGCAUCCCGCCAGCGACGACUUCUCCUUCGCGAUCCAGGCUCCAGUCACAGGCGGAUACACCAAGAGGCGAGUCCUGUCAGAAACGGCGCGGUUGUUCGACCCUCUAGGAUGGCUAGCUCCCGUCAUCAUCCGCGCCAAGAUUCUAAUACAGUCUGCAUGGCUGAAAGGGCUGGAUUGGGACACUCCGCUCCCAACCGAGGACGCCCAGCCCUGGCAGCGUCUCCUCUCCGAGCUCCAUGUGCUGGGGCGCCUCAGGGUGGAGCGCUGGCUAGGGACGACUCAUCAGGCGUCGCAAAUUGAGAUCCACGGAUUCGCCGACGCGUCCGAACGUGGCUUUGCUGCCGUCGUCUAUCUCCGCGUGACCACUGCCGACGGGACGACCACUCAUCUUCUCGCCGCUAAAACCAAGGUCGCUCCCAUAAAGCCCGUGACACUCCCGCGGCUGGAACUUUGCGCUGCCUCCUUGCUCGCGAACCUCACGUGCCAUCUCCGGACUUCACUAGAUAUACCGUCAGCGCCGGUAUACCUCUGGUCCGACUCCAGGGUCGCCCUCCACUGGAUCAAGGGUCACGCCUCGCGAUGGAAGACCUACGUGGCCAAUCGGGUGUCGCUGAUACAACAGCGGCUACCCGAAGCACAGUGGAGGCACGUUCCUGGCCAGGAUAAUCCAGCCGACUGCGCAUCCAGAGGAAUCGCCCCGUGGGAUUUGGUGGACCACCCCCUCUGGUGGAGUGGCCCCGACUGGCUCCCCAGGGACUCGUCGCUAUGGCCAGACCAGGACAACCAGACCAUGAUGGGCGAGGUCCCUGAAAUUAAAGGAACUAUAUUAGUCGCCACAUGCAGGGACAAACCGGAGCCGGAACUUCUUCUUCAGUUUUCCUCUCUACACCGGCUCUUACAGUCGUCCAAGGGAUCCAUUACGCCGCUGAGAUCGCUGCCGCUCGAGAAUCUCGCUCGAUGCCCAAGGGCGGCCACCUGGCUAAGCUGCACCCCUUCAUCGACAGCCAAGGAAUCCUCCGCGUUGGGGGUCGCCUGA